AUGGAGGACGCUGGAAGAGCACAGCGUGGACGCCGAAGAUCGCUGGAGUAUCUGCUUGGAAUCUUCCUGGGGCCUUCGGCUGCAGCCGCUGCCGGCGCUCGGCGCCUUCAGGGCAAGACGGCUGUGGUCACCGGGGCCAGCCGAGGCAUCGGCAAGGGCAUUGCUGUCGCUUUGGGCGAAGCGGGCGCCAAGGUGUUUGUCACGGGCCGGCGCAAGGAGGCUGUUGAAGCCACGGCAGCUUUGGCAACGAGGGCAGGUGGCGAAGGCGUGGCGGUCAUCUGUGACCAUGCUGUGGACGAGCAGGUCAAAGAUGCCUUUGCGCGGAUUCAGGUGCAGACGGGCGGAAAGCUCGACAUCUUGGUGAACAAUGCCUUCCAGGACCCCGCCCAGCGAGACGCCAAGAGUGAUGAGCUCCUUGGCAAGGGCGCCAAGUUCUUCGAGCUACCUCUGCAAGUGUGGGAUGAUGUACACCGAGUGGGCCUUCGGUCGCACUACGUGUCCUCCUAUUAUGCUGCACCCCUCCUGCUGAACGCUGCCAGUGGUGAUUGGCGACCUUUGCUGUGUGUGACAUCGGCUCCCGCUGCAGUCACGUACUACUACGCCACUGCCUACGGUGUAGCAAAGGCUGGGAGUGACCGGCUAGUUCGCGAUCUGCAGGUGGAGUUUGGUCCGCUGGGCAUUGACUGCGUGAGCAUUUGGCCCGGGGUGGUCUACACCGAGUUCGUCCAAUCCUUGUAUGAGAAGGGCGACGUGGAAAGGAUCAACCGCGUGACGGGCGGCCGCGAUCCCAAUGUCUGGAACCUGGAUGGAAGAAAUCCUGGCCUUGGGUUUUAG